GGAAGCGGCCAUUCUCCUCUGACCUCAGCCUCCAGUAUCCCCGGCUAUUCCCCCAGAGACCUGCUGCUCACUGGAUAGUUUAUGUUCAGACCAUUCCCUGUAAACCAUUGUUUAGAAAGUCCUAACACAUCAGCAGUCUCUGUAACGCACUGUACCAACAGCCAUGCCAGAGUCAGAUGCUCGGUUUGAGCUUGAGCAGGUCAUCGUGAUUGUUUAGAUAUUUGCGUCAUUCUGGCCAAAUCAUUUUAUAGCAAUGCAAAUCCAAUGAUGGACGUAUGGUCCGCCUUUCUUCUUCUGACCGCGUGAUUGGAGCUUAAUUAAAGUGCGAAAGAAAUCAUAUAAUUUAAUAACAACAGGGUUUCUUCUUACUUGGUCCUUUCACUGAGCCAGAUCCUUUCGUUGUUACUUGACACAGAUGCGUUUGAAUCGCCCGUUUUUUUGUUUGUUUGUUUUUUAAAAUGCGGUUUGUUUAUUUGAAACAGAGGUUUACGCCGCGUGGCGUAACAUACAGAAUCCCGGAGGCUUCUACGGAUCAUUUUCAGCGUCUUAACCUUUUCAAACGCUCUUCCUUAGCAAAGUUGUUUGAGAUGACAUUUGGCUGACUUGUCUCAGCUGCACCUCGGCAGCUCCCUCCUCUGAUAAAGUGUGACGGACAAGUUGAGGCAGGACUGAAGGUGUGGCAGCCGUGAGGAGGAGCACGCACUGUGUCGUGUAAGAAAACUUUAUGGAACUUGUUGUGCUCUCGGCAAGACUUUUCUGUCGGUGAGCACUUGACUGUGUUGCAGAAGGAUCUGAGUCAAGAACAGAUCUGGGAGGGCUGUCGCAGCAGGAACGUCGGAAGUUGAUUUCGCGUUCUCCCGGACACCUGAAAUCUGCAAAGCUUAAAGCCGGACUCGUCAGUUCAUGGACAUUUCCCCCUUGAGAUCCGGAGGAUUUUUGCUUUUGGCCAUGGAGAGAGCUUAAGAUUCUCGAGGAAGAGCUUUUACUGCUUUAUUUCUUCCAAUCUUUUUUGCAGUACCCCCUUUUCCAUUCUUCAUCACUUCUAAUACAGCUGCGAUGCGUAGAUUCAGCUCUGAGGGUUCCCUGCUUGAUCUUGACUUCCCGACAUGGAAAAAAGUGGCACUGAAGAAUUCUGGACAAGACCACGAGUCUGGCACCUGCACACUUCACUUGCAGGAUGAUGAGCUGGCUGGGAAAUCAGGUCGCCUGACUCCCAUCAUCCAGGAGCCCACGGAGAGUCCGGGUGAGAUGACGAAGAAUGAGCUGACUCGGGAGCACAGCGUGAGUGCAGAGAACCUGUGCGAGCUGAGUAAACUGGAGAAGAGCCAGCUCAGAGGCUGUCUCAUCAGUCAAGGCAGCAGGGCUUAUAGUGACAGUCAGCUGGCCCCAGCUGUGCAGGGCAGCACUGAGAGCAUGGAGAAAGCCGAUCUGCCUCCAUCGUCGCCUUCGUCCUCUUCCAGCUCCUUUAAGAUGGAGCACAGACACCAACAGAGAGACAGACUGACAGCUGCUAAGCUGCACCUCAAGAGUCUUUUCACACAGAGUCCUCAUUCGUCAAACUCCAACCUGGCCAACACAGAGCAAAAAGACAGUGGUAAAGAGAGAAGGUCUCGCCUUGUAUUCAUGCAUCAGUGGAGUCAAGUGGGUCACAGUAGGAAGAGGAAUUAUAAUCGAGAUGAGCUGGAAAAAUGGGCCGAGUCCUUAAAUGUCCUGCUGGGAAGUCCAACUGGUGUUUCAGUAUUUGGAGCAUUCCUGCGCUCUGAGUUCAGCGAGGAGAACCUGCAGUUCUAUCAAGCCUGUGAGCGGUACAAACAUUCGUCCACCAACUUCAGCCUGCAAAGGAGAGCCAAAGACAUCUGCGCAACCUAUAUCCAGCCAGGAGCCCCCCGGGAGGUAAAUCUGGACAGUACGACCAGAGACCUGACGAUCCAGCUGCUGCAGGCUCCCUCUCGUAGCUCUCUGUCCCACGCACAGAAACGCAUCUACUCACUUCUGGACACAGACUGUUACCCACGCUUCCUCCAGUCUGACGUCUACCUCGCCUUACUCCACGAGGCUGAAUAGAUUCCCCACACUUGGACUCAGCAGAAGGAAUGGUAGCUUGGUGGUUUCUGGAACGGCUCAACUUCCUUCAAACUGUAAAUUAUAAAAGCUAACUAUGCUGUCAAAAGAUCGAGCUGCUGUGUACAAAGUUUAACCCCCCCCCCCCCGACACACACACACUCCCUGACGUCGUAGCUCAAAUGUUAAUAAUAGUUGGACACUGUAAAUAGAAAUAUUGGUUACUGCAAAUAAACUUGGGGAAUUGUGUUUUCACUGAGAUGUUUGUGAUGUUACAAUGCUGGGAUUUGGUUUGGCUUACUUUAGGAUUAAGACUGAAAACAGUUGGAAACGGCCAGCGAGCUUCUGUCCGUCAUACAAAAUAAUGAAGUGCUAAACUUGAACCGCUACAGUGAGGUUGUCUUUUUACACCGAUGGCAUCGCCAACAAGUGCGACAUUUUAACUUGUU